UUCUUGCAUGAUAAGUUUGAAUACAAGUACAAAGAUCGCGAUGAAGAUGCAUUUGAAUGUGAUAGCGGCGACGACAGUGACUCCGAUGAUGACCACUGUGAUAGUGAUACUGAUACCGACUUGAGCACUUCUGACAUAUUGGAUGGUGCUAAAGUUUUAGGUGGCCAAAAUGUUAUCCGCAGCCUUUCAAAUGCUACAAGUUUAGAGCUGAUAGCUGAUGCCGGAGAGUUGAUUCUUAAUAGGGAAUUGGAAAUAUGCCAAAUUUUUAGCAACCUGAAGGUGUUAGCCCUUGGUGAGUGGUGUAUGGCUGCCGACUUCUAUCCGUUAGUUUCAUUCUUGCAGCAUGCUCCAAAUCUGGAGUCUCUUUUUCUUAAACUUAAAACGGAUCAUGAGGAAAUAGAAGACAAUAUCAGACUGGAGGGUAUAUCAUUUGCUUGCAAGAACCUUACAAUGGUCAAGAUAAAAUGUCCCAAGGAUGAUGAAAGAGUUCCUGUGUUAACACAAAUGUUCAUGGCUAAUGGCAUACCCAUCGAAAAGAUAGAUGUCUGUCACCGUGAGACUCGCAAAACUUGUCAUCAAUCCUUGGGCCUAAGGCGUGGAUAUGCUGCUUUGUAGGAACUGCAGUUUCAGCGCAAUGGAAGCCAUUGGCUAAGGCUGGCCUCGCUCAUUUCCAAGAUCCGGGUGCCUUCUCACUCUGUCCCCGCCUCCCCUGCGCUGCUGUCUUCUGGAGCUGGAGCGUAGAUCCUUCUUUACCUUAGUUUUUGCUGGCCUGCGUGCCAUGGUUGCCUCGUUGGCUGUAUGGAUCGGUUUGAACCUCUUCCGCCUUAAAAAAAAAACCUCUUCCGCCUUGUACUGGAUUAUGUUAACUCAGCUUGUUGGGCUUUAUAUUUAUAAAGUCGGGCAAUCUGGCUUUCCUCUAAAA